CUGAGCAUAUAUCAGAAGCUUUCAACAAACCCAAGAAUUAGGCUAUAGCUCUACUUUUAACACAGCGGGAUGAGCAACCAUUGUUAUUUCGAACAGGACUAGUUUUUGUAGGCUACACGUUCUAGUCUACAUAGUCUAGUAGUCUACCCCUACUAAAAAACGCCAAAACGCUAUGGUUGGCACAUGCAGCGUUGCCCUGACCAUGUCAACGUUCAAUAAGAGGAACAGUCUUCAAACAGAAGUAAGUGGCAUUAACGAUGAGGGCUUCACCCUUCCAAUGUACAUGUCAGUAGGCUAGAACUCGAUUGAAAAGCUGGGGGAAAAUGCGUCAUUAUGUUCCUGUUACAUUGAAGGCCUACUGAUACAUUGUUUGGGUCACAUUGUUGCUGACCACAGAGUGGCAGUAGCUACUAAGUUGCUCGCAGUAACUGUCAUGUGGCGCUUGCCGUAUUGUUGUCAUGCGACCAACAUGGAGUACAGACACCCGUGAUCUGGUGCACAGCGGAUACGCUUGGCUUUCAAAGUCGUUGAUAGUCAAGCGAUCAUGUCCUCUAUAAGUACAAGUAUGGUGACUGAUUCUACGUCGAAUCGGGGAGGAAUUGACGAGGCAAAAUAGAGCAUUUAAGAGAAUGUGAACCAACUUGUUGGCGCUAUGCUAGCUAGCUGCUGUCAAAUAAACGGCUAGCAAGUAAGCUAGUUCUGUGUUGGCUUACCACAGCAGCAGAAGCGGUCAGCUUGUUGACAAGCUAGCACAUUAUACCAUCUGUAUUACUUUUCAAACAUGACGGAGGCGGCGAAGAACGAAGAUCAGCGACCGGUUCCGAGGGAGCAGGCGAUACUGGAAAGCUUCUUCACCCAGCUCGGGAUGUUCUCGUUCGACCGCGCCAAAGACUACGUGGAGAAGGAGAAGGACAUGAGUAAAAGCGCCGGUCCCAUAUGGGCCUCCUUGCUAGCUGCUCUGGCCCAUCUCGCUGCUGCGGAGAAAGCCUACCACAACAUGACGUUCCUCGGUCAGAAAUUGGGCGGCCAGUCAUUCUUCAGCAGGAAAGACUCCAUCAGGACCAUCUACACGUCAGUGUUCAACGAGCUGAAGAAGGUGGUGUCCAUGGGACGCCAUGCCUCCUCCUCCGGCUCUGCCCCGUUCCUGGAGGACCUGCUAUCCCAUCUGUCCGAGCAACUGUGUCACUUCACGCAGGCUCGGACAGAAAUUGCAGAUUUCUACGAGAAGAUGUAUGCGCUGGCCAACCAGAAGACCGUCAACUCCGAGGAGCUGGUGACCACACUGGAGAGCAUCCUGCACAAGUACAGCUCCAAGUUCCACCACCCCAUCCUGAGCCGGGUGGAGGGCUGCUUCCAGCUGGAGGUGGACGUUCUGUGCCAGCUGCUCCGCUGCCAGGUGGAGGUGUGCGAGUGGCGCUUCCUGCCCGCCCUGCUGUGCCUGCACGCCGCCCACACCAAGCUGCACGCCUGGGCGCAGCUGUUCGAGCGCCAGCGCGAGACGCGCAAGCACCUGUUCGGCGGCCAGUCGCAGAAGGCCGCCCAGCCGCCGCACCUGUACGUGUGGCUCCAGCGGCUGCAGGCGGCGCUGCUGGCCAAGUUCAGCUUCUACUUCCACGAGGCGCUCAGCCGGCAGACGGCGGCAGGCGAGAUGAAGGCGCUGACGGCGCGCACGGCGCCCGACUACUACGGCCGCGCGUCCUCCUUCAUCCGCAAGCACGACGCCGCCAGCGUCUCGCUGGUCUUCGACAACCGCGGCCAGGAGAGCUUCCAGGGCCACGGCUACCACCACCCGCACUCGUACCGCGAGCCGCCCAAGGGCGUGGACCAGUUCCCGGCCGUGGUGUCGCUGCCGAGCGGCGAGCGGCCCGUCACGCACUGGCCCAACGUCAUCAUGAUCAUGAGCGACCGCGUGGCCGAGCUCAACGCGCUGGACAAGGUGGUGCACUUCUACGACGACAAGGUGCAGAGCACCUACUACCUGUCGCGGCCCGAGCCGCACUUCACCCUAGUGGUCAUCUUUGACGGGCGCCGCUCGGAGAAGGACUCGUACAUCACGGCCUUCCUGCUGGAACUGACCGGCUCGCUCCGCAACACCAAGCCCUUCAGCUGGCUCAAGCCUGGUUCGAAGGGGUGAAAACGCGCACAAAACAGACACAUACUGUACAUCACACACACACACACACACACACACACACACACACACACACGUACACACACACACACACACACACACACACACACACACACACACACACACACACAGACACACACACACACACACACACACACACACACACACACGUACAUGCACAUACACACAGCCCUACUAAAGCAUGUUUACACACACAUGUUUACUACAUCCAUACAGAACAUCCACGCUAUGUAUGCACACACAGACACACAUGUGCACACAUGCACACGCACAUGCGCACGCACAUGCGCACACACACACACACACACUCGUUCUCUCAUAUACAGACACAUACACUCUCUCUCUCUCUCGCGCGCGUUCUCUCGCGUCCUCUCACACACACCAACAAGAGAGUUGAAGAGCUUACAAACACAUAUUGAGUGGUUUUACAGACUCUGCAGAGGGUGUGAAUGUGAAGUAGUUGUAGUGAUGGAUGUCAAGUGUGAGUGAUUGUAUGUUUUGGUCUAAACACAUGCUAAGCCUUUUUGCUUGAAAUAACACAGAAAUGUGUGUACCUUUUUAAAAGGCAUCCAUUUUGUCUUUGUUUUAAGUCAUUACUCUGCACAUCUAGUGGUCCAGUUUGUCUGUAGGUAUGUCUGCAACUACCUGUCUGCUUGAUUCUUGACCAAAGAAGGUGGUUGCAGUUCUUGUGAACAAACAAGUUCACACACAGGCACAUUAUUGUUUUUUUUUUACUUGAUCUUUUAAGUCUCUGUUUAAGUUUAAGUCAUUGUAAAUGGGAUAGGAAACUAACAAAUUCUCUUGAACUUUUCCUAACUGCAACUGCUCUAUCGAUGCUGCUAUGUCAUCUGAUUUAUUAUUUGAGGUUUAUUUUAGAUUACUAAUAUUUUAAGUGAGUAUUAUGGUGAGAGUGGUUGAGAUAUCUGUAUGUUCUGGAGACUCAAAAUGCAUAAUAAAGUUUUGAAACUAU